AUGUCGCGCCUCGCGGACUACUCUAAAUUCGACAAUUUGGACGACGGCAGCGACGAGGACAUGAGUCCGCCGCGUACAGACGCGCCGCCUCCACCAGGCACGGAGCCCGGCCCGGCCCGGCGAGACGGGGGGCCGCCACCAGGCACCGAGCCCGGCCCGGCCAGGUACUACAAGCGCGUGCAGGUCGGCUGCGUGCUGGUGCGGGAUUACGGCGCCGGCGCGGGCACGCCCGCCGACCGGCUCCUCGCGUUGACGCUGCUGCGGCGCUACGGCCCGCGCAUAAAGGGCAAGCGCGUCGUCGAGCUCGGCGCGCAGGCCGGCGCGGCGGGCCUCACCGCGGCGAAGAUGGGCGCCGCGUGGGUGUCGCUCGUCUCGGACGACCCGCGGGCGGCCUACGCGUUGAGGGUGGAGAGCGUCAAGAACGGCGUGUCGCGUACCGUGAAGAACGUCUGCACCGACUGGCUCGAGGACGACCUCAACCACGACGUCGCGGCGGACCCGACGGACCUCCUCGUCGCGGCGAACGCGCUCCACUCGCCGCGCGAGUGCGGCCGCCUCGCGGCCGCGCUCAACGCCUACGCCAAAACGUCGCCGCACCUCGCCGCCGUCGUCGCGUCGCCGCGCUGCGGCUCGGGCGCCGAGGCCAAGGGCCUCCAGAUCAUGGAGGCGCGGGGCUGGACGUACGCGGCGGUGGAAAUUCAUCCAGACGACGCGGAGCCGACGCCGCCGGGGCACGCGCUCGCCGUCUUCGAGUUCACGCGGCGGACGACCUUCACGCCGAAGCGGCCGCGCGAGGGCGACGACCUCCGACCGCGCGACGAGACGACUGUGAUGAGUUAAACUUAAUUUACGCC